AAUGGUGAGGCUACGAAUAAACGGUAUAGAGCAGUAGAGUCAAGUAGAGUGGUAGAGAGGAAAGGUUUGCAACGGAUUGUUCGACGAAGUUGUUCAGUGACCGUGAUUCUGUUUGCUACUUAUUUGUUGAAGAAAUUGUCAUUUUUGAGAACAAAGAAUAUGGAAGCAGAACCUUUAGAACUUGAGGAUGGCGAAGUUAUCGACGAUGAGGCAAGCGAUAUCGAAACCUACAAUGUUUUAAAACGACCUCAUGCUUCUUCGAAUAAAGAAGAACCUGCAAAAAUAGGCUAUAACGAUGAAUCCGAUGAUUCUGUGGACUCUGAGAGUGAUUCUGAUUCAGAUUCUGGACAUGUUAGGAGUAAAAAACCUAAGUUGAAAUUGAAACGGUCUAGAAAUUCAACUAAAACCGGAGGAAACAAAAAUGACAAAUAUAAAAUUUGGUGUACACAAGUUCAAGAAGAUUCUCUGACAGAAGACUUAGUCUUGUGUGGUGUAACAAAAAAGCGGUAUCAGGAACGUAACGUUGAAAAUUAUAACCUUCCACACCAUUAUUCUGUCAAUGGUAGUUGGAACAUGGAACACCAUAACAAUAAUAGUUCAGAAGAUGAGAAAGAAACCGAGAGGAGGUUAACAAAUAAAAGAACUAACUCAGAUCGAAAUAAUAUUAAGCUAAGGUUAGGAAAGAGACGUAAUGCAAUGGAUGUAGAUCAUCAAAAAGGAACUGUACGAAAAAUAGCAGAUUUAAGUACAACAGUAGAAUCAACUGAUGCAGAUGUGGCUACUGAUAUAACUUCAAAACUUAAUGAGAAAAAGGAUGUCCUUAUAAGGAGAAUUGUGGAUAUAAUUGGUAAAGAAAAAGCUAUUGGUUUUUUCCAAAAAACAAAAAAAAUUGAACAAGGAGGUGGUAUGUUGAUAAUGAAUGGAUCUCGAAGAAGAACUGCAGGUGGGGUUUAUUUAUGGUUAGUAAAAAAUGAUGAACAUAUCCCUCAAGAAAAAAUUAGAGAAAUUUUUUACUAUGAUAAAAAAGAGCAUGCUGAACAAAGAAAAGCUGAUGCUACUGCUAGAAGACAGAAGGCACAAGAACUAAUUAAGUGUCUGGAAAGUGGUUCGGAAAAAGAUUUACCCGCCUUAUUAACAAAGGCAGAACUUUCUACAAAGGAAAUAGCUGAAGAAGCAAGAUUAAGACGCGGAGAAGGGAUGGACAGGAUGCCUAUAGAUUCUGAUCGUACAGUGACUAAUCCACCGCCUAGCCCUGUAACAGAUGAUCCAGAUCAUUCUGAACAUCCACUUGUACAAAGGCAUAUUCAAGAUUAUGAAGACGAUUUCCUUGAUGUUGGGAUAGAUGUAGAUAGCAUGGAAGUACUUUAAAAUAUUUUUACUUUAUUAUAUUUCUUUUUGUAACGUGCAGAUAAUUUGUACAAAACGAAACUCUAAUCUUUGCAAAACUACCAAUAUAUACAUCCACCCAUAAUGUGAAUACAAGUAACACAUAGUUUGUACGUUUGCUUACCAUACAUAUAAAUAUCAUAUGUGAUCAAAAAAUUAUCGAUCUAUUGCAA